GUCGAAGAUAGCAUAUAUGUUUGUUAGCACACUCACACUCACACACACACACACACACACACACACAGAUGCAGCAUAGCAAUCCCACUCUCCUCGAUUUUCCGUUCUUGACUUGGUAUUCAGCAAACCCAGAUUUUCCGCAGAGAAAAGCCCUUCGAUUUGAUUAAAUUAAGAAUGUACUACUUUUGUUUGCCUUUGCUGGGAGGAGAAGGAAUGUAACGAAACCUGGAUUCGAGACAUAUUAGUGUAACCAAAAGGCGUAUUGUGAUCCUUUGAUCGGUAAAGUGGCAUUACGUGGCUGGUUUACCUCAACAGCGUAUUGCGAAGUUUCUCUCUGCAGUUGGUGAUGGGCACAAUUCAUGAUAAGUCAGAUGAUGAAUACUCGUAUGUUGGAGAUAAAGGGGAUAUUGGAUUCAUUGACUUUGAUAAUUGUCAAUCCGUUUGUAGCUAUAACCCUGCUGAGGAGAGUGAUGUUGUCAACAUUUCUGUUCCGUUUCCUCUUAUUGAAGGAAGAAAACCUCAGUCGGGAAUUGUUGGAGAAACGAUGUUCGAUAAAGUUACUAUCAGAAACACCAGCGAGGAGUCAUUAGAUCUAUGGUCUGUGAAGAUUUUUGACUCCAAACCUGAGGAUUCAUUUAGGAUCUCACUAAUGAAGCCUCCAACUGCUGAGUCUGAUCCGGAAUACAUCGAAGAUUAUAUGGAAUUAGUAACGUUGGAGGAGAGAGUGAUCAGACCGAACCAGGCUUUGACUAUUUGGUUGUCGUGCAAACCAAAGGAAAUUGGCGUGCACUCAGCAGCUGUACACUUCAGUGUUGGGGAUGAGGUGAUCGAACGGAUCCUUUAUCUGCUGGCAGAAGAUAAGAUCUCCAAGUCUUUGUCUUCCUCGAGACAAUACCAAAGACGUCGGAUCAAGAAACAGAACAUUUUUAAUCAGCAUGCACCCGAUGCCGCAUAUGUUGCAGCACAACGCCCUUCCCGGGGUCCAGGUCGUGGGUUCAGACAUCAACUGCCCGAGUAUCCUAUUCCAGUGGAAAUCCGCGACAUGUUAAGCAGGCACGAGAUCCCUGAUCCAGUCAUUGAGGGGUUAACAGUAAAGAACUAUUUUGCGUUCUUCAAGAAUCUACUAGCAAUGGAGGAGAUAAAGUUGGAGGAAGAUAUGCAGUCGUAUUCCAUGGAGGGUGUCACCAUGAAGAGCAAGGGGCAGAUGUUGUGUCUUGAGGUCCCAGGAUUGGCUGAGAAAAGGCCUUCACUUAUUGCUGGUGACUUCAUAUUUGCCAAGCUUGCUUCCGAUGAUGAAACUUCGGGGAUUCACCAUCAGGGCUACAUCCAUCGAGUAGAAGCCGAAGAAAUAAUAUUGAAAUUUGCUCCACAAUUUCACUGUAGUCACAGAGAUAGGAACCUCUAUGAUGUACAGUUCAACUAUAACCGGACAAAUAUGCGGCGGUUGUAUCAAGCUGUCGAAGCUGCUCAAUCUUUAGAAAGGAACCUUCUGUUCCCAUCUGCAAUGUACAAAGUGAGGCUGGGGCAAUACAAAGCUCUCACACCUAUAUUUUCCGACCUGAACGAGGAGCAAAUGACGGCUGUUAACAUGAUCCUUCUCCGCAAAGGAGGCCCUCCGUAUGUCAUCCACGGCCCCCCGGGUACGGGCAAAACAAAGACUCUUAUUGAAGCUAUCCUUCAAAUUUACCGUGGAGAUAGACAUGCCCGGAUUCUAGCCUGUGCACCUUCAAAUAGUGCAGCUGACCAUAUACUAGAUAGGCUGAUCAAUGAGGAAACCGUUCAAGUUCAGGAGAAUGAGAUCCUUCGGCUUAAUGCAUUCUCACGUCCUUUUGAUGAUAUCAACCCCGAUCACAUUGAUUUUUGCAGUCACGAGGAUGGCAUCUUCGUGUGUCCUCCUUGCAAAGACCUUGAGCAGUACAGGAUCAUCGUAUCUACGUAUGCGAGUGCCUCGAUUCUAUAUGCAGGAGGCAUUCUGAAAGGUCAUUUUUCAUACAUUUUCCUAGACGAGGCUGGCCAAGCUUCUGAGCCGGAAGCCAUGGUUCCUGUAUCUCAUCUACAAUCAAGAAAUACUCUCUUGGUUCUCGCGGGAGAUCCUAUGCAGCUAGGACCUGUAGUUUUCUCUGCAGAAGCUGAAGCACAUGGACUUGGUACUUCAUUUCUGGAGAGACUUUUCGAGUGUGAUAUCUAUCGAAAAGGAGAUACUACAUUUAUGACGAAGCUAGUGAGAAAUUAUCGGACACACGAGGCAAUACUGCAACUCCCCUCAGAAAUGUUUUAUGCUGGAGAAUUGAUUCCAUGCAAAGAUGACAAAAAUUCCUCAACUUCCUGGGAAGGCAUAGUUCCAGAUAAGGGGUUUCCUUUGCUUUUUAUAGGCAUUCAAGGCUGUGAUGAAAGAGAAGGAAGUAAUCCAUCAUGGUUCAACAGAAUUGAAGCAAGCAAGACUGUCGAGAUGAUUAAAGUUUUGAUAGAGGGAAAAGGGCUCAAAGAGGAAGAUAUUGGGGUCAUUGCACCUUACAAGAAGCAAGUAACUAAAAUAAGAGAGGCGCUAGAAUGUCUAGGCAAUCCGAAUGUUAAAGUGGGAAGUGUCGAACAGUUUCAGGGACAAGAGAGGGAAGUCAUUAUUAUCUCGACUGUCCGUUCAACUGUGAAACACAACGAAUUCGACAAGGUUCAUCUUUUGGGAUUUCUGAGCAACCCAAGGAGGUUUAAUGUUGCUGUUACCCGAGCCAAAUCUUUGAUCAUUAUCAUUGGGAAUCCGCACAUAAUUUGCAAGGAUCCAAACUGGAACAAGCUCUUGUGGUAUUGUGUGGAAAACAACUCCUACAAGGGUUGCUUCCUUCCCAAACAAGAGGUAGAGUCUGCACAAGCAGAACCUUAUUGGGGUGAAAAUGAUCAGCCAUCCGGGUCAAAUUGGGAUGACGAAGGAGGCGGAUGGCAGCCUUCUCAAGAUCAAUGGGGCGAGGACGAUAGCUGGAAUCAGCCAUCGAGCAUUCCUUGGGGUGAAGAAGAAAAUAACCAUCCCAAGCCAUCUGAUGUUCCUUGGGGCGAGGAAGAAAACAAUCCCCAACAAUCUGAUGAAGAAAAUAACCAUCCCAAGCCAUCUGACGUUCCUUGCGGCGAGGAAGAAAACAAUCCCCAACCAUCUGAUGAAGAAAAUAACCAUCCCAAGCCAUCUGAUGUUCCUUGGGGCGAGGAAGAAAACAAUCCCCAACCAUCUGAUGAAGAAAAUAACCAUCCCAAGCCAUCUGAUGUUCCUUGCGGCGCGGAAGAAAACAAUCCCCAACCAUCUGAUGAAGAAAAUAACCAUCCCAAGCGAUCUAAUGUUCCUUGGGAUGAGGAAGAAAACAAUCUCCAGCAUUCUGAUGUUCGUUCUUGGGGAGGCAAAGAUGACGAAUUUCACACAACCGAUGUGCCAUGGGAGUAAAGUUCAGUAAAAGAGAGCAAAGGAGUUUCUAGUGGUGAGGAAGACUCAAGGGUCGUAUGGCUGGAACUUAGUGCAUAGUUUACUAAAGCUGUCACUAGUUUCAAACUAUACAUCUCUAUAGAAACUACCAAAUAACCAAGAUCUUUUGUGGAUCUCAAAAUAUAACUGUUUCUAUAUAGUCCUAUUGAUUUGAUUUCA